AUGUGCGGGCCAGGAAAGCCCCGCCGGGCCAAGGUGCGAGCUCUCGCAGCCCUGCCCGGCCCAGCUCCGCUCCCCGCCCUCCUGCCGAUCGUGUCACUGCUCCUCCCGAGGGCUCCGCUGUCUGGGGACGCGGUGCGUGGAGCCCUUUUCCCGGCAGGUGAAACGCACCUGGGCACCUCGCCCUGUCACACGCCGGUGGCCGAGCCCCCGCCUCCCUGGGUUACCGGACAGGUGUGCCGGCCUCGGGCCCCUGGGCUGAGCACAGUCAGCCAUCGCCAGCCCGGUGUCGUCCUUUCAUUUCUGAUCCUAGUGACAGAACAGAUGUCGGUGCACGCAGGAUCCCACAAUAGCAUGUCGAUGCACCACCCAAGUCUGCCUGCGCAGGACAACUCUUUGUUGGAAAAUCCUGUUUUCUGCAAAUAUCUCAUCAAUGACUCGAAACACAGAAGAAUAAUUGCCAUAAAAGGGAAACUCAGAAUUACAUCCAGUAAAUUGCACAACCAGGAUUACAUGUGUCUGUAGGACAGAAGUAAAACAGGAGUCUCCUGUCUCAUCACAGCCAAGGAGAAAUGCCUUAAGCAAAGUUACUUGCCGUCACAGAUCAAGGAGGAAAGUUCUUCCAGUAGUGGAACAGAUUCUCUAACCAGUGGAGAGAUUCCACGAAGCAGGUCAGAGGGGACUUUGCUUGAUGUAGAUGACCGGAUACCUUCAGACAGCUACAAUGCCAAUGAAAGUAAACUGGAUUUGGAUAUUGACUGGUCUGGUGUGUUCAAACAUGCCCAAACUGUUUCCAAGACUAAUCCUUUCUGGAAUGAACUAUCAGGCUCCAACCCUUUCAUACAUGACAUAGCUGCUUCAACCAGAAAGGAAAACAAUAAAUGCCUUUCUAUCUUAAAAGAAAAACCUUAUUUUUUCUCUAAAGUUUCUAGCAAUAGGGACUCUUUGGAUUCCUCAGGUGAUGAGCUAGAUAUUGAUUGUCUCCUAAGAAAAACUUCAGCAAGAAGAUCUGGACGAUCCAAGAGCAUCUCUGACUUCCUGGAUAUUGUUGAUAACCAAAGAUUUAAUCCUCACAAGACAGCACCUCAAAAAACUACAGCUGCAGACAUGACAUGGUUUCAAAACGACCGCGAAGCCUACAGGAUGGCCUGGUUGAGUCACCGACAACUCACCCGGUCUUGCCUAGAUUUAGAAGCCAUGAGCCACAGUCCUGGAUGGGCACAAACACAAGCUACAGACAUCCAGGUAGUUUGUAGACUGAAUCAUGAAGGGGGUUCAGUACAACUACCUGACUCAGAUAUCAACAUUCAUGUCCCUGUGGGUCAUGUAUUACCAGGGGAAUUCCAAGAAGUUGGUUUAAAGGCUAUCCUUAACCCUCCGUUGUCAUGUAACAAUGAGCUGUCUAGCACCAUAAGUCCUUUGAUAGAACUUACGCUGAGCAACCUCAACACAAGCAAAGCCAUUUUCCUAGAGGUGAAAGUUGCAGCUAAAGUGAAGAAUGAUCCACUCAGCCAAGUUAUGAGUGAUAUUGUGUGUUUGUUCAGUCUGAAUAAAGAAGGGCCUUUUAAGAAGCUAGAGAAUUGCUACAUUUAUCAGGAUACCAUACAAGUGAAACUAACAGACCUAAGUCAUGUGAUGUAUGCGGUGAUUGCUAUACAAGCAAGCAAAAUCCAGCCUCCAGCAACUAAUGUCUGGGACUAUGUUCAUAGAACAGUCUCAGUUGGAAUUUAUGGUCCAAAAUAUAUUCAUCCAUCUUUUACAGCAGUUUUUACAGUCUUUGGUCAUAACUACAUUCCAGGAAAACUCACAAUUUUUAAUAUAAAAAAAGGGGGGAAAAAUAUGCCUCCUGUGGUGUUUCAGCUGUGGGGAAAACAUACUUUUCUGCUUGAAAAACCACAGGAUCUAAAAAUUUCUUUAGUAUCCUGUGAUCCAGAUUUUGAAGUAAAGAUGGAAGACCAAAGUAAAAAUAUUAAAGAGGAAGAGUUGAAAACUGGUGAAAUGGUCCACCAACAAUUCCCAUUCUCCCUGCUUGGAUGUAGGGAGAUGCAUUUCUUUGUUUUUGUUGUUCAGAUUAAAGUCUUAAAAAGUAACCAAGUAACACAGUUCCAUGUUACAACUCCCGAUCCAGCUCCAAAAUUAAAUGGAAUUACCAAUAGGCCAAAGCGCCUACAAAACCGCAAGGAAAUCAAAUCUGCACCUUGGCUUUUGAUACCAACAGUAAAAUAUCCAAAGUUUCAAGAUAAAGCUUUGAACGUUAAUACUUAUGGAGUGGCUUUGAAAACCGUGUUACGUCAAAAUAAGAUUGACCAUUUGCUGGAAUAUUUUAAAGGGGAUACAAUAGCACUUCUUGGUGAAGAUAAAGUGAAAGCCAUUGGACAAACUAAAAUAAAAGAGUGGUAUGUAGGAGUUCUCAGAAGAAAGAUUGGCCUUGUACAUUGCAAGAACAUAAAAGUGAUUUCCAAAGAACAAGCUAUGGACACUGCUGAUAGUGAGCUAACAACCAGGAAUCUUGUUGAACAAAUUGCAUUGCCAUUCAAAAAGCUGACUUACAUCUACUCAGUAGUUCUGUCAACAGUAUCAGAGAGUGUUUAUGACUGGAGAGCUUUAGCUGAGGUGCUAGGAUACUCACAUAUGUCUUUGGAUGACUUUAAUGAAGCACAUGUUGAUAAAGAAUCAGAAAGAGUUGCGCACGUUGUGAAGAGGAUGAAACAAGACUGUCAUGCUAACAAAAAAAAGAGACUAUUUCUUUAUGAACUCAUUGUUGCACUUUUGAAAAUAGAUUGCCAGGGGUUAGUGGCACGUCUUACCCAGGACACCAUCAUUUUGACUUCAGCUGUCAAGCUUGGCAAAAACUGGCGGGAGCUUGCAGAGAAGCUAGCCCGACUCACAAAGCAGCAAAUAGAGGCUUAUGAAGUGCCCCACCAAGGGAAGAAUGGAGCAGUAGCUCUGGAGAUGAUGUGGAAACCUGCAUAUGACUUUCUCUACACAUGGGCUGCCCAUUAUGGAGACGGUUACAGGGAUGUCUUACAAGACCUGCAGUCAGCCUUGGACAAAAUGAAAAACCCAGUAACAAAACAGUGGCGAGAGUUAACAGGAACACUCAUUCUUGUGAACUGCAUGGAGGUGUUAAGGGCAAGUGCUUUCUCCAAAAUGGAGGAAGAAGAGUAG